AUGGCUCGCGACGUGGAGGCGCUGGACCUGCCGGCGUGGAGCAGGGUCUCAGGUCCGUGCCAGGGGCCCCAGUGCAGAGAUGCAAUGGCUCAUCUUGAUUCUGAGGUGAAAGAAGAAUGUCUGAGAGAAGACCUGAGGUUUUACUUCAUGAACCCUUGUGAAAAGUUCCGAGCCAGACAACAGAUUCCAUGGAAAAUGGGUUUGCAGAUUUUGAAGAUAGUCAUGGUCACCACACAGCUUGUUCGUUUUGGUUUAAGUAACCAGCUGGUCGUUGCUUUCAAAGAAGAAAACACUGCUGCUUUUAAGCACCUGUUUUUGAAAGGAUAUUCUGGUUCAGAUGAAGAUGAUUACAGCUGCAGUGUGUAUACCCAAGAGGACACAUAUGACAGCAUCUUUUUUGCUAUUAAUCAGUUUCAUCGGCUAAGGAACUUAUCUCUGGGGACCCUUGGUUAUGGAGAAAGCGAAGACAACAGGAUCGCUUUAAAAGUCUGUAAGCAGCAUUACAAGAAAGGGACCAUGUUUCCUUCUAAUGAGACACUGAAUAUUGACAGCGACAUUGAAAUAGACUGCAUUCACCUAGACCUCGAGGCCCUCUCCAAGGACACUAAGGACUGGAAGAAUUCAUCGUUCUUCAGGCUGGAAUUUUAUCGGCUCUUGCAAGUUGACAUCUCCUUUCAACUCAAAGGCAUUGACCUGCAGACGAUUCAUUCCCGAGAGCUUCCAGACUGUUACGUCUUUCAGAAUAUGAUUGUCUUUGACAAUAAAGCUCACAGUGGCAAAAUCAAAAUCUAUUUUAACAGUGAUGCCAAAAUCGAGGAAUGUAAAGACUUGAAAAUCUCUGGAUCUAUUCAGAAAAACACUCAGUAUGUCCUGGUGUUUGAUGCAUUUGUCAUUGUGAUUUGCUUGGCAUCUCUUAUCCUGUGCACAAGAUCCAUUGUUCUUGCGCUGAGGUUACGAAAGAGAUUCGUAAAGUUCUUCCUGGAGAAGUACAAGCGACACGUGUGUAAUGCUGACCAGAGGGAGUUUAUCAACCAAUGGUAUAUCCUGGUAAUUAUCAGCGACCUCCUGACAAUAAGUGGAUCCGUGUUAAAAAUGGAAAUUAAAGCCAAGAAUCUCACAAACUACAAUCUGUGCAGCAUUUUGCUUGGAACGUCUACGCUCUUUGUCUGGGUUGGCGUCAUCCGAUACUUGGGUUACUUCCAAGCCUAUAAUGUGCUCAUUUUAACAAUGCAAGCCUCGUUGCCAAAAGUUCUUCGCUUCUGCGCGUGUGCUGGUAUGAUCUAUCUGGGUUACACCUUCUGCGGCUGGAUUGUCUUAGGACCAUAUCACAACAAGUUUGAAAAUCUGAACACGGUUGCUGAGUGUCUGUUUUCUCUGGUCAACGGUGAUGACAUGUAUGCGACCUUUGCUCACAUCCAGCAGAAGAGCCACUUGGUGUGGCUGUUCAGUCGCCUGUAUUUAUAUUCCUUCAUCAGCCUUUUCAUAUACAUGAUUCUCAGCCUUUUCAUUGCACUUAUUACAGACUCUUAUGACACCAUUAAGAAAUACCAACAGAAUGGGUUUCCUGCCACGGAUCUUCAGGAAUUCCUGAAGGAGUGUAGUAGCAAAGAGAAGUGUCAGGAAGAGUCACCAGCUUUCCUGUCCAGCAUCUGCUGUCUGAGGAGGAAUAGAAGUGAUGACCACUUGAUACUUAUUAACUAA